UCUCUCUCUCUCUCUCUCUUGUUAUUCUUCUUUAGCUCGCAAACAUGGAACUUUGAGAAGAAAAAAAACCGCGGAAACAAUAUAAACACUACCCAUUUCUUUAGCCCAGACGAUGAACAAUGGGAACGCUAUUCAUCUCAGCUCACCUCCCCUCCUCGCCACCACCUCCAGUCCUUUCCCCUCACAAACCCUCCGUCAAAUUCCUCGCUUUUGCCGCGUACCCAGAUGCUGCUUUGUCCUCAAAAUCCAGUCUUGAUGGCAAGAUCCCCAAAUUGCCAGAAAAUCGGGAGCUCUCGUGGGAAUCAUACAACAAUUUGAUCCGAACCCAUUGCCAGAGUGGCCUCGUCGACGAGUCCCUCGCGCUCUUAUCCCAGAUGGAGUCGUCGUGCAUGCACCCCAACGGGCAGUCAUACGUUUGCCUAAUUGGCGCCCUCGGGAGCCUCGGGAGGACCCUCGAAGCCGACGGGCUUUUCCGAGAGAUGAAGUGGUUGGGCCUCAGGCCCAGCUUGAGGGACUACAAUGUCCUCUUAAGGGGGUUCUUGAGGAAGGGGCAGCUAGUGCUCGCGGAUAGAGUUUUGGCGGAGAUGGAUGGGGAUGGUGUCGGUAGGAAUCGAGAAACUUACAUGCUGCUGUUGAAUGCUUAUGCCCACGCCGGGAGGCUGGAGGAUACUUGGUGGGUUAUCGGCGAAAUGAAGCGGAAGGGGAUUCGGAUGAAUUCCGAGGCCUAUUCCAAGAUUAUUGGGCUUUAUAGGGAUAAUGGCAUGUGGAAGAAGGCUUUGGCUCUUGUGAGGGAGGUGAGUGAGCUUGGAAUUACACCCGAUAGAAGAAUCUAUAAUAGCAUAAUCGACACGCUGGGGAAGAACGGUCAGAUGGAAGAUGCAGCUAAGGUGUUUGAGAAUAUGCGGAGCGAGGGUAUGAAGCCGAAUAUCAUGGCAUGGAAUGCCUUGGUUCGGGGAUUUUGUAAGGCUGGGGAUAUCGAAAGGGCCCUUGAGUUCCUCACUAGGAUGCAGGAAGAGGGGUUGUAUCCUGACCCGAAGAUUUUCAUUGCGAUCAUCAGCCAUUUAGGGGAGCAAGGGAAGUGGGAUGAGAUCAAAAGCAUUUUUGAGAGUAUGAAGCUUAGGGGGUUUCGAAAAAGCGGAGUUAUUUAUGCAAUCCUAGUGGAUAUAUAUGGGCAAUAUGGGAUGUUUCAAGAUGCCGAGGAGUGUGUGGCUGCUCUUAAAGCAGAAGGUCUGAAGCUCUCAGCUAACGUUUUUUGUGUACUUGCAAAUGCUUAUGCACAGCAGGGACUGUGUGAACAAACUGUAAAGGUUCUUCGACUGAUGGAAAUGGAAGGAAUCGAGCCAAACCUUAUAAUGUUGAAUUUGCUGAUCAAUGCAUUUGGCAUUGCUGGUAGACAUUUGGAGGCGCUAGCUGUUUUUGAGCAUAUUAAGGAGAUUGGUAUUAGUCCGGAUGUUGUUACCUACAGUACUUUAAUGAAGGCAUUCAUUAGGGCAAAAAGAUACGACCAGGUUCCAAAAGUGUACAAGGAAAUGGAAGGUGCUGGAUGCACAGCAGACAGAAAAGCUAGGGAGGUUCUGCAGAAUGCCUCGAUUAUAUAUCAACAGAUGGGCGAAGACCUAGCUGCUCACUCUUACUCAGCUAGAGGAACAACUUGAAGUAGAGAAAGCUCUUCAGAACAAUUGAUCAAGAUUUUUGCGGUCAGUGAUAAAAGCCUGAUAUCAUACUCUUUUGUGAGUCGGUGUCAAAAGCACAUCGCAACAGAUACUAAAAGCUGAUACAUAUACAAGAAACAAGGGUUCAGCGAUUUUCUUGCAUGUGAGUUUAAGCAUCCUUUGCUACACAACCUGAAGGAGUUCAUGUCCACAUGUAUGACGUGAAUGGAGGUGUUCAGAAAUUUUAGUCAUGAGCAGUAUAUCAUCUUAUCUCCUGUUUUUUUAAAGAAAGUUUAUUUUACCUUGAAGUUUGAAGUGAUACUGUAUGUACUCAUUGGUUCCAAAAUGAAAUUUCUGCUCCUUAAGUCUA